UGAAGUUCUGUUUUCUAUCCCUUCUGCCAAGCAAACAUCUACAAAGAUGUACUGGAGUAGAACUUGGAACCUUUGAGGAGAGCAUGUGUCUGAAUCUGAAGUCAACUUGGGACAUUACUCAGCCUUCAGGAGACGAGCGGCAUUGCUUCUUAACUCGAAGAGAGAUUGCAAGUGCGGAAUGUAUGUCGACGGUCGUUCCUGGCGACUGAAGCGAGAAAUUUGCAGUGCAGAAGUUGGACUGUCUCGGCUCAGUGAAUAACUGCCACUUUUUGUCUCUCCCGGACUGCCUGAGGUGAAGCGAGGCUGACAAAGAAGCAGCAAUGGAUGUGUUUGGUGGUGCACCACGUUUCUUGGCCUACCCAAGACCUGUGAUGGUACAAAGUGGGACUGAUGCAGUCCUAAAGUGUCAAAUUGGUGGUGAUCCAAGACCUGCUGUUAUUUGGGAGCGAAACAAUGAAAAGAUUGACCCUCAAGGACGAUAUAGGGUUUUCGAGGAUGGAAAUGUUUACAAUCUCAUAAUUUCAGCUGUGACCACAGAGGAUAGUGGUCAGUACAUAUGCAAAGCAAAAAACAGCAUUGGGGAAACAUACGCAGCUGCCACACUGAAGGUGGAAGGUGAGGCACAAGAGAUGGAGUUACGAGAGGAAAAUAAGCCACGAUUCCUCAUCAAGCCCCUCUCCACUCGUGUCGGCCGUGGGGAAGAUGCCGUCUUCUCUUGUAAGCUCUGGGGAAGCCCACGACCAGAGGUUGUCUGGGAAAAAGAUGGCAGGAAACUCAAUGAAAUAUUUGAAAGCACACAUUUCAGUGUGGGCUAUCAGGACGGUGGCUGGUUCCAGCUGAAGAUCUUUAAGACUCGUGCACCAGAUGGUGGUGUAUAUACAUGCAAGGCCAGGAAUGAGUUUGGGGAAGCAUUAGCAGGAGCUGUGCUGCUCGUUGAUGCUGGCCCAGGACACGAGGACGAAGGAAAUCGUAAUGGCUACACAAAUGGCCACUGGAAAACUCACCAGGGAAAACAAAGGAGCGGUAGGCAAGUGCCAAACCGGCUCAAAGACGACCCCCUGACCAAGUCAACAAAAGUAAAAAUGUUUGCAGUGACAGAGGGCAAACAUGCCAAAUUCCGCUGCUUUGUGACUGGAAAACCCAAACCAGAAAUCAUUUGGAGGAAAGAUGGCAGGCUGAUACUGUCUGGAAGGCGCUAUUUGUUAUAUGAGGACAGGGAAGGAUACUUCACACUCAAAGUUCUGUACUGUAAGCAGAAGGAUAAUGGAGUUUAUGUUUGUGCUGCAUCAAAUACUGCAGGGCAAACUCUCAGUGCUGUACACCUGUCCGUAAAGGAGCCACCUGUGCGGUUCAAGCAACCUCUUAUUGAUCUAGAAGUAUGGGAACGAGACUUGGCUGUUCUCGAGUGUGAAGUUCCAGAGGACUCUGUUCCCAUCACAUGGUAUCUGGAGGAUAGAAGACUGCAGCCAGGGGCCAAAUAUGGAAUGGAGGAGUGGGGAACAAAACGGCGACUAACCAUCCGUGACAUUGGAGUUGAUGAUGAUGGGAUUUACCUCUGCGAGAUGCCCGAUGGUGGGAGAAGUAUUGCAGAGGUAGCUGUGAAAGGUACAAUUUUGCGGAAGCUUCCAAGAAAAGUGGAUGUCUUGGAAGGCGAAAAUGCUGCCUUUUGUGUUGAAGUAGAAAAAGAAGAAAUGGACAUACAUUGGUACAAAGAUGGUGUAGAGCUGCGUGAAACGCAUAAGACCAUCCUUAAGUCCUUUGGUCGAACUCACAUCCUGGUUUUCGUCAAUACAAUGCCCCAAGACUCCGGCCUUGUGAUUUUCCUUGUAGGCAGAUCCAAGACUUCCUCUCAGCUAAGAGUGAAAGCCGCCAGACAUUGUCCUCCCAGUUGUCCAGUGGGUGUGCAGAUCAACACAGAGCGUGCCAAUGCAGCUCUUCUCUCAUGGGUUCCUGCUCAGGACUCACGAAAGAACCCUCCAUCUGGAUAUGUGCUUGAGCGACAGGAAGUGGGCACUGGCUCACAGGAGUGGCUACAGUGUUUGACCACUGACUCUGCAACCUCUGUGGAGAUCCUCGGUGACAGCGUACCAUGUGAAGCUGAUUAUCGAUUUCGCAUUUGCAGUGUAAACAAAUAUGGAAAGAGCAACAAUGUUGAGUUCCCUAGGGCAGUUCACUUGGUUCCAGUGGCCAGAAUACAAGCUCCCUUACAGGAUGCCUUGGUGCCCGAGGGGCAAGAUGCCCUCUUCUCUAUUGAGCUCUCUGCUUCUGUUAUCGGCACAUGGUUCUUAAACGGUACUCAGCUUCAGGAGGACGAACGUUAUUCCAUGCGGCGGACACGAACACACCAAUCUCUUCGCAUGAGAGGAGUACGUGAUACAGACAACGGAGCUGAGAUUACAUUUAUUGCCUAUGGCAUUCGGGAUUCUGCAGCACUGUACAUUCAAGCUCCUCUUGUCAAGUUUUCACCACUGUCAGAAAUGGAUCGAAACAAAUUUGUAGAAAUUGGGAACCCCAUUGUGCUCUACUGUGAGCUGUCAGACCCUGCAGCUCCAGUGCACUGGUACAAGAAUGGGACGGAAUUACAAACAAUCGAGGGUCUUCAUAUCCAGUCAGAGGGCACCAUGAGAAGAAUUGUCAUCCAAUCAGCAGAGUUCUCACAUUCAGGAGUGUAUUGCUGUGAUGCCAUUGAUGACGUCAUCAGGUUCAAUGUGGAAGUAGAGGCCCCACCUGUGAGGUUUUCAGCAAUUCCAGAUGCUGAGAGGAACAAAACCAUCCAAAGACAUUGCCCCAUUAUUUUGCAAUGUGAGCUGUCAGAUCCCUCUGCUCAGGUGCACUGGUACAAAGAUGGGUCAAAGCUUCACCCCCAAAGUGGAGUAGAUAUUCUAACUGAUGGCUUGGUGAGAAAAUUGGUUGUCCAAUCAGCAGAUUUUUUCCACUCUGGGUUGUACUGCUGCAAGACAAAGGGUGACACCAUCACGUUCAGUGUGGACAUCAAAGCUCCACCCGUGAAGUUCUCAGCAAUUCCUGAAGAAAUGAGGACCAAGUCGAUCGAAGCAGGCUGUCCUCUUGUACUCCAGUGUGUGGUGUCGGAUCCUGAGGCCGAUGUUUGCUGGUACAAGGAUGAAAUGCAGCUCAUUUCAAACUCUGGAUUAGAAAUCCACUCAGAGGGAAAUACAAGGACUAUAGUUGUUCAGUCUGCAGAGCUGUGCCACUCUGGUGUGUACAGAUGCACCACACUGGAUGAUACCAUGGACUUUCAAGUGGAGAUCAAAGCUAUACCAGUGACGUACUCUACUAUCUUUGACGUUGAGAGAACCAAGUCACUUGAAGCGGGCAAACCUUUGGAGCUGGAAUGUGAGGUUGCAGACUCCACUGUGCCUGUGUGCUGGUAUAAAGAUGGUGUAAAGCUCUUACCGCAGAAUGGGUGGAUUAUACAGAAUAAUGGCACAUUGAGGAGACUCAUUAUCCCAUCUGCUGAGUUCUUGCAUUCAGGGCUAUACAGCUGUGAAACAUCUGAUGACACUAUCCACUUCACUGUGGAUAUUAAAGCUGCAUCGUUGCCGUUGUCGCCCUCACCGGAGGUUGUGGAGAAGCAGUCACUUGAGGCGACCUGCCCCACUGAACCAACGUCUGAAAUCUCAGACACUGCUGUCCAGGUGUCAUGGCAGAGGGAUAAAGAACAUAAUUGUAAUAGAGAGCCUGACUUUGAAAUGGAAGGCAUCAAGAAGACCCUUGUUAUUGAACCAACUCAUCCUUCAAAUUCUGGAGCAUACUAUUGUGCAACAGCAGAUGAUGUUGCCCAAUUAAUUGUAAAAAAUCAAGUGCCAUCUGUGACAUAUCUGCUUGGUCCUGAUGUUGAGAAGACCAAGUCUGCUGAAGAGCACUGCCCAAUUGUUCAGCAAUUUGAGAUUUCAGAUCCCAUUGCCAAAGCCUGUUGGUACAAAGAUGGAACCCAGAUCUACCCAAAAGGGGAAGCUGACUGUGAAUCACAGAGCAGCAGCCAAGCCUUGCCCCUCCAGUCACAUCACUUGUCUGGUGAUGGGAGUUUUGGCUGUGAAACAUCUGGUGAUGCACAGUCAAAUGUGGUGAAAGCAGAGCAGUGUCACUAUGGUGACGAGAUUGGUGAGAUAGCUGAUGCAUCUGCCCAAUACACUGUGGAUGUCAAAGCUACACCGCCAAGGCUCUCUUCUGACCAAGAGAAGAACAAGUCGACUGAAGAGGCUUAUCCUGUUGACGUUGAGCACAUUUCCUCGAAGCGCAAUUCUGGCAUCUUCGGCAGCAAGAGAGGAGAUAUUCAGACAUAUGAAGAACAUUCCAGGGAAAUGACAGCUCCUCAGUCAACUUAUGAAUAUACGACUGACUGGAUUACAUCUAAACAGCCAAAUGAGCUCUCUGACAAUCAACAAAUGAUAAAUGCCAAAUCUCCAGUUUACUGUAACUCUGUGCAGCCAACAAUAAUGAAAUCUGACACACAGCAUGACAAUAAACAGUCCACAGAAUCACAAGCUCCACCUGUGAGAAUUACAACUCUUUGUGAGGCUGAGAGGAACAAGUCUGUUGAAGUUGAUGAACCCAUAGUGCUGCGAUGUGAAAUAUCAGAUCCUAACGCUCAAGUUACUUGGUACAAGGAUGGAAUAAAACUACAUGAAGCAGCUGGGCAAGACAUGCUGGAAGAGGGUUCCAUAAGAACACUGGCUUUCCAGUCAGCAACGCUGUCUCAUGCAGGGAUUUACAGCUGCAAGACAACAGAUGAUGCAAUGCAGUUUCAUGUGGAUGUUAAAGCUCCACUUCUGAAGUUGUCAGCUAUAUCUGAGGCUGACCAGAAAAAGACAGUCAUGGCAGGCUGUCCCAUUGCUCUACAAUGUGAGCUGUCAGACCCCGCUGGACAAGUCAGUUGGUACAAAGAUGGAACAGAGCUCCUACCUCAAAACGGAGUAGACAUCCAGUCAGAGGGCAAUGUGAGGAGUCUAGUUGUCCCAUCAGCAGAGCGGGCUCACUCUGGCAUAUACCGUUGUGAGUCAAAGGAUGAUGACAUCCAGUUCGAUGUGGAAGUAAAAGCUCUACCUGUGAAGUUCUCAGAGCUUCAAGAGACGGACAGGAACAAGUCCGUCCAAGAAGGCUGUCCCAUUGUCCUCAGCUGUGAACUCUCUCAUGAUUCUUCUGCUCAUGUCGACUGGUACAAGGAUGGGAUGAAACUCCUACAACAAAACAAUGUGGAAAUACAGUCAGAUGGUCUAACAAGAUCCCUUGUCAUUCAUUCAGCUGAAAGCAUACAUAGCGGUAGCUAUGAAUGUUCAACAGCAGAUGACACCAUCACCUUUAAAGUGGAUGUACAAGGCCGAUCGCCACAGAUCAUGCCAAUCCCACUAUCAGAAAAGCACAAGGUGGUUGCAAUUGGUUUUCCAAUUGUUCUCCAGUGUGAGGUCUCUGACCCUGUUGCUCAGGUUUCCUGGUUCAAAGAAGAGGUGGAACUUUUUUGCAAAACUGGCCUUGAUAUGAAAAGAGAUGGCAGCCUCAGAAAAUUAAUAAUUAAUUCUGCUAAGGUCUCUGAUUCUGGCUUCUACAGCUGUAACCUCGCUGAUGAUGUUGUGACAUUCCAUGUGGACAUCCAAGCUACUCCUGUGAGGUUUUCAACACUUCCAGAGGUCGCAAGAAACAAAUUUGUUGAAGCAGGCUGCCCAAUUAAGCUGCAGUGUGAAGUCUCAGAGCCAACCGCCCAAGUCUAUUGGCAGAAGGAUGGAGAACAGCUAUUUCCAAAGUGUGAAUAUGAAAUCCAAACAAAAGAAAAACUGAGAGCGCUGGUUAUUAAAUCAGCAGAAGUCAGACACUCUGGGGUGUACAGCUGUGAGGCCGCAGAUGACCAUAUAGAAUUCAAGGUGGAUGUUGCAGCGCCUCCAGUAACAUUUGCUGAUAUCCCAGAGGAGGACCUUUUCAAGAGUGUUGUGGAACAAGAACAGCUUGCCCUGUCAUGCGAAGUAACAAGGGCUGAUGGUGUUGUCCAGUGGUACAAAGAUGGAACUGAAAUCCAACCAAGCAACAAUAUUACAAUCCAAGCAGUGGACACUCAAAGAAAUCUGACAAUCCAUUCAGCUGAACUGUCAGAUUCAGGCACAUACACAUGCCGUGCAGGAGACAACAUUUUAAUGUUCAAGGUUAAUAUACGAGAACCUCCGGUGAUGAUAAUCUACCCCAAGGAGGAUGUCCACCUCGACCGUCACGUUCCUGAGGAAAUCAUUCUGAGUUGUGAACUGUCUCGUCCAAACGGUGUUGUGAGCUGGUACAAAGAUGGCCAAAAGCUGCAGGAGAGUGAGAACAUCAAGCUCAAGAUUGAAGGCCCUUAUCGACGACUGAAGAUUAUUUCCAGUGGUGUGGAAGAUUCUGGAGAAUACGUCUGUGAUACAGCUGAUGAUUCAAUAUUCUUUAACCUUAGUAUUACAGAACCUCCGGUGCGGAUUGUAUCCCCAAGUCAAUCACAAAUGGAACUGUGCCAGCAAACGUCCGAGAGGAUGGUACUGAGCUGUGAGAUCUCACGGCCUAAUGCAAUGGUACGCUGGUAUAGAGACGGACUUGAAGUGGAGGAGAAUGACAACCUUAUUCUAGAGGUGGAUGGUGUCUACAGAAGACUUAUUAUACCGGAAACUACAGUCAAAGAUUCCGCCGAAUAUGUCUGUGAUACAGCAGAUGACUCAGUGACAUUCUUUGUAAACAUAGCAGAGCCUCCUGUUCGCUUUGUACGUCCACGGAAGACAGCAAGUAGAGUAGAAAAAGUGGUUGGGAAUACUCUGGUUCUAGACUGUGAGGUUUCAAGAUCAAAUGCUGAGGUCACCUGGAAGAAGAAUGGAGAAGAGGUAGAGGACUCCAGAAAUGUCACCAUCCUUGAAGAUGGUGCCAUGCGUCAAUUGACCAUUCACUCACUGACAGUUGAAGAUUCUGGGCAAUAUGUCUGUGAUGCAAAGGAUGAUGUGAUGGACUUCCAUGUAAAAGUGCAAGAUUUGCCUGUGAAAAUUCUCGGAAAAACUGACGCAAAAACAGAGAAGCAGUUCUUAGUAUCUGAUGACAUUAUUCUUGUGUGUGAACUAUCAAGAUCCAAUGCGUCAGUCAGUUGGUACAAAAAUAACCAGCUAAUUGAUGACACCGAGCGAUACUGUAGUGAGGAGCAAGGUGUUUUCCGGUCACUGGUUGUCCUAAAUGCUGGGCUCGAAGAUUCGGGAGAGUACACCUGUGAUGCAGUGGAUGAUAAAAUGGUCUUCUAUAUCACUGUCAAAGAGCCUCCAGUAAAGAUCAUUGGAAAUUCAGGCCACCCAGAGCAUCAUAUCCUGGUAGCAGGGGAUGACCUUAUUUUGGAGUGUGAGGUGUCUAGGCCAAACGCCACCGUUCAGUGGUUAUGGAAUGGCGAGAUACUGAAACCAGACACUCGUGUAAAAAUUGACAGCUAUGACGUUGUUAGGAAGCUUGUUCUCUCUGGACUUCAGCCCUCAGACUCUGGAAAAUACAUUUGUGAUGCCACCGAUGACAAACUGACAACGAUAGUCGAGGUCCAAGAAGCACCUGUCAUGUUUGUGAAUAAAGAAGUAAAUAAUAACAUCUCAGCAUAUGAAAAUGAGAAUGUUACACUGUGUGCCAUUGUGAGCCGAGAAGGAGUUAAUGUUCGGUGGCUGAAAGAUGGCCAACUAUUGAACGAGGACAACAUUCACAUCUCCAGUGAGGGUAACACCCACAAGCUCACCAUUAAUCCCCUGCAGCUGUCAGAUUCUGGAGAAUAUGUCUGUCACAUAAACACAGAUGAGAUGUAUUUCAGUCUUUUAGUCAAAGAAAUGAAGGUGAAAUUUAUCAAACCACUGGAGAACAUUGUGGCUCUGAAGGGCAGCGGCCUUACAUUACGAUGUGAGAUCAACAAGCCCAAAGGAGAUGUCCAGUGGCUAAAAGAUGGCCAGGAGAUCUCUCCAAGCCGUCGGCACACAAUACGGGCACAAGGUCGAGAGCGAACCUUUACCAUCCAUGAACUAGUGGAUGAAGAUGCUGGAGAAUAUGCCUGUGAAUCCACAGGUGACAGAACCUCAGCUAUUGUCACUUUAGAAACUCCCCGUGUCGUUGAGUUCAUAGCGGAGCUUCGUAGCAUCACGGUCUGUGAAGGAGAAGAUGCAGUAUUUAAGUGUGUGGUUUCACCAGAGGACACUCGCUUGGUGUGGUACUUAAAUGGCAAACAAGUAGCUCAGAAUGAGCACACUGUCAUUUCAAGCAACGGACUAUGCCACAUGCUCUGCAUCCACAACUGCACGGUUUCAGAUAGCAGCAAAGUGACAGCUGAUGCAGAGGGGUUGGUAUCAGAGGCAGAACUCCAGGUUCAAGAACAACAGGUGUUGUUCACCAAGAAAAUGACACCAGUUAUAGCUGAAGAGUACAAUGAGGCAACCCUAGAGGUGGAGGUGAGUGUGGAUACGGGUGAGGUGCAGUGGAUGAGGCAAGGGGUGCUGAUCCACCCCGGAGCCAAGUAUACCCUGAAACACAAGGGCCGAAAACACAGUCUCACCAUCCACAAACUCACCAUGUCUGACCGGGGCAUCUACAGCUGUGAAACCCUCCAUGACCGCACGCAAGCCCAGCUCACAGUGGAACCUCGAAAAAUCACAAUCAAGAGGGGGUUGACUGACAUAAAAACCACAGAGAGAGAAACAGCCUCGUUUGAGGUGGAACUGUCCCAUCCCAAUGUCCCGGGCACCUGGACGAGAAACGGAAUUCAGCUUAAGCCGACGAAUCACUUCCGCAUGACUGCCAAAGGACAAGUUCACAGCCUUACUAUCUCCAACCUAUCAGUAGAAGACACUGGCACCUUCACGUUCUGUGUAGAGAAUCUGAAAACAUCUGCAAGGCUUGCCGUCAAGGAGCCCCCAGUGACAAUUUUCAGAAAACUGGAGGACCAGAAAUUCCCUGAGGGGGCAAUAGCCUCUAUUGAGUGUGAGCUGUCAAGACACAAUGUCAACGUGAAAUGGAUGAAGAAUGGGGUUGAGUUGAAGCCAGGCAAGGACUUGCGCAUUUAUGCAAUGGGACGGAAGCGUUUUCUUCAGAUCAUGAAAUGUGAUGUCAGUGAUUCUGGCACGUACACCUGUGAUGCUGGAGAUGUGACUACAUCCUGCACUGUGGAGGUCUAUGAACGUGAACUGCUGAUCGUGCAGGGCCUCGAGGACCUGGCUAUCCAGGAAGAUCAGAAUGCAGUGUUUGUUUGUGAGAUCUCAGUGGAGGACGUGCCAGGAGAAUGGUACAAAAACGGAGAGAAGAUACAACCCACCAGUACCAUCAAGAUCCGCCAGGAAGGGACCAAACAUUUUCUCCUUAUGUGCAAUGUGCGAGCAGAGGACUCUGGAGAAAUCAAGUUUGUUGCCAGACAUGUUGAAUCGGUCACCUACCUGGAGGUGGAAGAGCUUCCUGUCAGCAUUGUGAAACCUCUGCAGGAUAAGACCGCCCUUGAGAAGAGCCGUGUGAUCUUAGACUGCACAGUGUCCAACCCCAGAUGUAGCAUCCGCUGGUACAAAGGCAGCAACGUCAUCCUGCCCUCAGAGCGCUUUGAGAUCUGCAGCGAGGGCGGUUAUCGCAAACUAAUCAUCCAGCAGGUGGUGCUAGAGGAUGAGGGCACAUACAGUGUGCAGGUUGGAGAGUAUUCAUGCUCUGCUAAGCUGACAGUGGAGGCCCAGUCUUUGUUGAUGGUCAGAGAUCUGAAAGAUGUGGAGGUCUUGGCCCCCGACGAAGCCUGCUUUGAAUGUGAGGUGUCAGUCCCUGUCCUCAAAUCCCCCGUGUGGAGCCUGAAGGGGGAGCCCUUGCAGCCGAGCUCUCAUGUGCGCCUGGAAAAGAUGGGAACCGUCCACAGGCUGACCCUCAGGCAAACCUCCCCAGACAUGAGUGGGGUGGUGGAGUUCACUUCUGGAAAAGCCAAGAGUACAGCUCAGCUCCGGGUGCUGAGUAAAUAAUUGAAGGUGAUCCGUGAGUAACAUCGUCUGUCAUCACCUAACAGACAUGGAUUACUUAUUAUAUUGAUGUUUUCAUGUUGUAACAUUAACAGUGCUUAUAUAUUUACAUGCAGUAUGUCUGUAAAAGUGGUUAAAACAGGGUUGAGAUGGAUUUUAAUGUAAUGCAAUUAUUUCAGGGGUUGGAUUUUCUUCUAGUUACUUGCCUUUGAGAAACAAAAUUUCUGUUAAUAUAGAAUUUGUUAUAUUCAGUGUGUGAAGAAAUUUCAAAACGGUUCCUUUAAAGUAUCACAGAUAGCCGUUGGGAUGUAAAUAAUGUCCUGUGUGAAAGUUUUUUGACUGUUGCUAUAAUGGGAAUGUUUAGCUGAAUCUGUAUUUGUGAUAAUAAAUAUCUUAUUUGAACACUGUAAGGGUCAAAGAACUUUGUUAGUGGUAAAAACUGGUUUUAUUCACACUUAAGGCAGUCUGAGUUCCUCAAAAAAACUUAAAAACACUUUCAGCUCCAGAUGCCAUUUUGGUCCUUUGUGGGUUUUUAGUUCAGCCUGAAAGUAAACAGCUGAUGCUGGUUUUGUCUGUUAGGUGUAGUUUAAGAAUGAAUGAAAGCAGAAACCAGAGCUAUCUUACAGAUUACAUAUGUACUUGUGCAGACUUUUAUGCAAAUAUAAUCUGAUUCGCACUCAUCAUAUUACCCCAUAUAUCAGAGCAUGGUUUUGUGUGGCUGCUGUGACAAUGAGAAUAACCUGGUUUAUAUUAGUUUAGUAAGCAGGAACACCAGCUUCAGAUAUUACCAUGAAAAAUUAACAAUGUUAGUUUCCAGUUAAUAAUAACCAUGUAUACAUGUCAAAUUUAGAUUUUAGAAUGGAUCAUCCAAUCAACAAAUACCUAAUUCAUUAAAUUUAACAAUUAACAUCUAUUUUCAUCAUUUGUCCAUUGUAUAAAAAUUGUUUUUUUAUGUUUUGAUGAAAAAGUUUGAAUGAAGAAAGUUGUCUUGCAGCAAGGGGCUUGUAAUGUAAAUACAUUGGGCCAAAAAUCAGGUAAUUUAGCAAAGAAAUAGGUUUAAAGUUACUUGAUCACCUUGAUUGAGAAUCAGGGCAUGCUAGUUGGUAGUUGUUGAAACGCUUUGAUGAGUGAGUAUUACGUUUGGCGCUUAACAGGGAAUGAUAGUUGUUUUCAUAUGAAAUUUGUUCCAUAUUCCAUUUUUCAAUUUGACUUGUUUCCACCUCUGCAAUGUUGUCUUGAGUGUUAGAUAUGUGAAAAAAUGUACUGGCCUGUUUC